AUGGGUGUCGAUCUUCUUGGGACGUCCAUUCAUGGAGAUAGGAGAAGCAUUGAUAGAUUUGAGAAAAGGCACGCUCACAAUGAGGUUAACGAUGAAGAGGUGGGCUUAUAUAGGGAUGAGACGACACGGUUUUGGGAGGCUUUAGAGGAGGUGGUAAGAGGAGUGCCUAGUUUCGAGAAGAUUGUUGUAGUAGGGGAUUUCAAUGGGCACAUUGGGGCAUUACCGAGAGGCUUUGGCGAUGUGCAUGGUGGUUUUGGUUUUGGGGAGAGAAAUAAAGAGGGAGCUGCUCUGUUGGACUUUAUGAGGUCCUUUGGGUUGGUAGUGGUGAAUUCGAGCUUCCCAAAAAAGGACGAUCAUCCGAUCACUUUUCGAAGUGCGAUAGCCAAGACCCAAAUUGACUUUUUGCUGCUUAUGAAAGGGGAAAGGGUAUGUGUAAGGACUGUAAAGUCAUCCUGA